AGUUAAAUAAAAUAACACAAAAAUAAAAUUAAUUAGGAAAAAUUAAUAUAGCCACAACAAGCUUUAAAACUUACUUAUCAUUCUACUUAUAUUCAAAUCAGCCAACUUAAUAUUACAAGAAAUAAAAUAAAAUGCAUAACAAUAAUAAUAACAAUAACAGUGCUAGCAAUGGUGGUGUUUACAAAAACCUUUGUAGCAGCUGGCACAGCAAUGGCAAUGCGGUCACUACAGCGCUAUUGCAGCAGCAACACGUGCAGCAAUUGCAACAAGCACAACAACAGCAACAACAACUGAUACAGCAACAACAGGGUCAACAACAACACCAACAGCAGCAUCAGCAUCAGCAAGCGCGCAUUAGCAAUUGGAUAAAUGAUACGAAUCGGACACAUUACUCACUGUUGCAUAAUAAUAAUAGCAAUAAUAGUAACAACAAUUGUGCACAACAGCAGCAGCAGCAGCAGCAGCAGCUGUCCGGUGCAUACUUACAACAGCAACAGGGUUGUGUGAAUUAUCCACAAGCGGCUGUGACACCGCAUCCUCAAUACCAACAGCAACAGCAGCAACAACCACAACGACAACAACAGCAGCAGCAGCAACAACAUCAUUUCUUCAGCACAACCGCUACAACACCCUCGGCCAACGAUUACUAUUACACAACACCGCGAGUACAGCAACAACAACAACAAUUGAAUGCACAAGAUCAUCAACAACGGUCACCACAACAACAACAACAACAACAACAACAACAACAUGCGGUGAUGCGUCCACCAUAUUUAGCUACCACAGCUGUACCGCAUUCCUCACCACAUUCACAACAUUCACAUACAACAUCGCCUACACCACCGCCCCUGUCAGCGUUGCCACCGACAUUUCAACGACAAUUAGCAGCGGCAGCGGCUGUAGCGGUGGCACGUAAUGUUACGCAACAACAACAGCAACAACAUCUGCAUCACCAACAACAUCAUCAACGGGUAAGCAUUACUUUAUUUAAAUAAUUAAUCAAAGUGUAAAGGAUUAAGUCGUAAGUAAAACAUUAAAAAUACAGUUAUUAUUAUUGCUUAGAAUCUGCUUAGUAAUACCGGGACUGCCAUAGCCAUUGCCAUAGCCAUAGCCAUAGCCAUGUGGUAACCAAAGAACACAAACGAGCCCGAACAAAAAAAUUAUAAUAGUUGAGAAAUAGUUAAAAUUACAAACAAAGUUUUGCUUAUCUUUUUGUACCUACAUACAUACAUACAUAUGAUUAUGACAACGCUGUUAUACCUUUUUAUCAAAAAUUUUUGAAAUAAUUUUUUUUUACAACAGUGUUUUUACUAUCACUAUUUCUAAAAUACGGAAUACAUUAAACAAAUAGUGUACAAGCAUACAAACACACACGUGUAUAUAUGGCAAAUAGCUCUUUGUUAGUAAAACUUUCAAUUGAAAAGUAUACAUAAUUUUUGCAGCUGUUUUCUUAUCAAGAAUAUAGACGCAGGUGUUCAAAAGGAAUAAACUAAACCAAAAUUAAAUAUAAAAAAAAAAAA